CAUGUGUGAUUGCAGUUUCCUCUGGGCGUCCAUUUCAUCAGCCCGAAAUUAAGGAGCGGAGAGAGGGGGCAGCAGGCGGCCGCCUCCUUAAAAACCCCAAACCCCCCAUCACCCUCAUCCCACAGCACCAGCCCCACACCCCAGCUCUGAAGCCAUCACCCAUCUCCCCCCGACACCCCUGGAUGCGAACCCUGGAGUCGGAUUCUCCCAUUGCUCAGAGAAAAUCCCCGCAGAGGAUUUGGGUUUUUUGCUCCCCCUUGGGUUCGUCCCUUCAUGCAUGAGACAACCCCGGCUCUGCAGCUCCGGCUGGCGAUGGCCACGCAGUGAAGAUGUCCAUGUCCAGGCUCAACAGCGUCAAUGGCUUUUUGGAGGACGGCAGGAUGGAGGCAGGGGACAUUGGAAGGAUCCUCCGCUGCCUGGAGAUGGGCACCGUCCUCACUUUGUUCUACCAGAAGAAGUCACAGAGGCCAGAGCGAAGGACAUUCCAGGUGAAGCUGGAGACCCGACAGAUUAUCUGGAGUCGGACACCCGAGAAGGUGGAGGGAGACAUUGACAUCCGGGAGAUCAAGGAGAUCCGCCUGGGGAAGAACUCACGGGACUUUGAGCGUUACCCCGAGGAUGCUCGCAAGCUCGACUUCACCAUGUGCUUCAUCAUCCUCUAUGGGAUGGACUUCAGGCUGCGGACACUCAGCGUGGCUGCUUUCUGUGAGGAAGACAUCAACCUGUGGAUCACAGGUCUCAACUGGUUGGUGGCAGACACUCAGAAAGCCCAAACCCCACUGCAGAUUGAGAGGUGGCUGCGGAAACAGUUUGAUGGGAUGGACCGGUCACGGGAAGGCAGCAUUACAGUGAAGGACCUGAAGGCCAUGCUGCCCCAGGUGAACUACCGAGUGCCCAACAUGAGGUUCCUGCGGGACAAGCUCGUGGAGGUGGAAGCCAGGAAUGAGAUGACCUUCUCCCACUUCAUCCAGUUCUACAAAAAUCUGAUGUUUGAUGCACAGAAGUCGGUCAUUGAGCAGCUGGAGCUCUCCUUCCCUCUACGGAAUGUGGACCGCCCUGAGCUGUGCCAGGUGUCCCUCUAUGACUUCCAGAAGUUCCUUCUGCACGACCAAAAGGAGCCAUGGGCCAGUGAUGUGGGCAUGGUGAGGGACUAUAUGUGUUCCUACCUCAAGGAUGGCUCCAUCGAUGCAGCAGAACCCUCCUUCCAACUGGAUGAGUUUCUCACGUAUCUCUUCUCCAAAGAGAACAUGGUGAUGGACGCCAAGUAUGAACGUGUGGUGCCUGAGGAGAUGAACCACCCUUUGUCCCAGUACUGGAUCUCCUCUUCCCACAACACGUACCUGACAGGAGACCAGUUCUCCAGUGAGUCCUCCCUGGAAGCGUAUGCUCGCUGCCUGCGCAUGGGCUGCCGCUGCAUUGAGUUGGACUGCUGGGAUGGCCCAGAUGAUCUCCCCAUCAUCUACCAUGGUCACACACUCACCUCCAAGAUCAAAUUCCUGGAUGUGCUGCAUACCAUCAAGGAGCACGCAUUUGUCACAUCUGAGUUCCCCAUCAUCCUCUCCAUUGAAGACCACUGCAGCAUCGUCCAGCAGAGGAACAUGGCUUCCCACUUCAAGAAGGUCUUUGGGGACAUGCUGCUCACCAAGCCAGUUGACAUCAACGCUGAUGAGCUGCCCUCACCCACCCAACUCAAGAAGAAGAUCCUAAUCAAGCACAAGAAGCUGGUUGAAGGGAACCUAUAUGAGGAGGUCUCCACUGCCAGUUAUUCAGAGAACGACAUCAGCAACUCCAUAAAGAAUGGCAUCCUCUACCUCGAAGACCCUAUUGACCAUACCUGGAGCCCGCAUUAUUUUGUACUGACAAGCAACAAGAUCUACUACUCAGAGGAGACAUCACGCUACCAGUUCAAUGAAGAUGAAGAGGAGGUGGAGCAGAAGGAGGAGUUCAACAACAACGAGCUGCACUUCACGGAGAAGUGGUUCCAUGGGAAGCUGGGAGGUGGCCGUGAUGGGCGGCAGAUCGCCGAGAAGCUGCUGCAUGAAUACUGCACUGAGACAGGAGGCAAGGAUGGCACCUUCCUGGUGCGCGAAAGCGAGACCUUCGUGGGUGACUACACCCUGUCCUUCUGGCGAUCAAACCGUGUGCAGCACUGCAGGAUCCACUCGCGACAGGAGGCUGGUUCCACCAAGUUCUACCUGACAGACAACCUGGUCUUUGACAGCCUCUACAGUCUCAUCUGCCACUACCGUGAGGUGCCACUCCGCUGCAAUGAGUUUGAGAUGCGCCUCACCGACCCCGUGCCCCAACCCAAUGCCCACGAGAGCAAAGAGUGGUAUCAUGCCAGCCUAACACGCCUGCAGGCUGAGCAUAUGCUGAUGCGAGUCCCUCGGGAUGGAGCCUUCCUGGUGCGAAAACGGAACGAACCCAAUUCCUAUGCCAUUUCAUUUCGGGCGGAGGGGAAGAUCAAGCACUGCCGCAUCCAGCAGGAGGGACGACUUUUCAUGCUGGGCAGCUCAGCUGAGUUUGAGAGCCUGGUGGACCUUGUCAGCUACUACGAGAAGCAUCCGCUGUACCGUAAGAUGAAGCUGCGCUACCCCAUCAAUGAGGAGACCCUGGAGAAGAUGGGCACUACUGAGCUGGACUAUGGAGCUCUGUAUGAGGUGCGGACACCUCAUUUCUAUGUGGAGGCCAACAAGAUGCCAAUGGCCAGGUGCACAGUGAAGGCUCUUUAUGACUAUAAAGCACAGCGAGAGGACGAGCUGUCAUUCUGCAAGCAAGCCAUCAUCCACAACGUUGACAAGCAGGAUGGUGGCUGGUGGCGGGGGGACUAUGGGGGCAAGAAACAGCUGUGGUUCCCAGCCAACUAUGUGGAGGAAAUCGUCAGCACUCAGGCACAGGAGCAGGACGAGGCUUCAUCGGAAAACAGCCCCCUGGGGAACUUCCUAAAGGGCUUCAUCGACGUGCCAUCAUGCCACGUAGUUAUCUCCAAAGACGGGAGGAGCUCCAAACCAUUUGUCUUCACCAUCCAUUCCCAGCAGAUGUCCCACGCAGCCCAGUCAUUGGACGUGGCCGCUGACACACAGGAGGAGCUCAGCGAGUGGGUGGCCAAGAUCAGGGAGGCCACGCAGAACGCCGAUGCCAGGAUGCAAGAGGGGAAGAUUAUGGAGCGGAGGAAGAAGAUCGCUCUGGAGCUCUCCGAGCUGGUUGUGUAUUGCCGCCCCGUGCCUUUCGAUGAAGACAAGAUUGGCACAGACAAAGCAUGCUACCGGGAUAUGUCCUCCUUCCCGGAGACCAAAGCGGAGAAGUAUGCCAACCGCAGCAAGGGCAAGAAGUUCCUGCAGUACAACCGGCGCCAGCUCAGCCGCAUCUACCCCAAAGGGCAGCGCCUGGACUCCUCCAACUACGACCCACUGCCUAUGUGGAUCUGUGGCAGCCAGCUGGUGGCCCUCAACUUCCAGACACCUGACAAGCCGAUGCAGCUGAACCAGGCACUCUUCAUGCUCGGUGGCCGCAGUGGCUAUGUCCUACAACCCGACAUCAUGAGGGAUGAGACGUUUGACCCCUUCGACAAGAACAGCCUGAAGAUCGUGGAGCCCAUCACAGUGCAGCUGCAGAUUCUUGGUGCCCGGCACCUUCCCAAGAACGGGAGAAGCAUUGUGUGCCCCUUUGUGGAGGUAGAGGUGUGUGGCUCUGAGUAUGACAACAGCAAGAACAAGACUGAUGUCGUAGCUGACAAUGGUUUCAACCCCGUGUGGCUCUUCAAGCAGUUUGUCUUCGACAUCAAUAAUCCUGAGUUCGCCUUUCUCCGCUUUGUGGUGUACGAGGAGGACAUGUUCAGUGACCCCAAUUUCUUGGCCCAAGCCACCUUCCCCAUUAAGGGUCUCAAAACAGGCUACCGGUCGGUGCCACUGAAGAACAGCUACACGGAGGACCUGGAGCUGGCCGCACUUCUCAUCCACAUUGAGAUUAUCAAUGCCAAGGAGGAAGACGAGGAGAACCUCUACUCAUCCAUCCAGCAGCUGCGGGACCGUGCCAGUGAGCUCUCCAGCCAGGUCUCCAGCUAUGAGCGCACCAACAACUGCGACUCACGCUACCAGCAGCGCCUCGAUGAGCUGCGAGCAGCCCAAGAGCGGCUGAUGGAGCUCACUGAGGUCCGCAACCGCAAGUUGAUGGAGAAGAAGAAGAGGGACCGGCAGAUGGUCACCAAGCGCAGCUGAUCUGGGCAAGCUCAAGGCAGACCCUCCUCUCGUCCCCCACCACCUCCUCUCCCGCUGUAAAGGGACAGCAGGAGGUGGGGUGGUCAAAUCCAGACCCCACUCCCAAUAUCAGCCUCCAACACUGUCAAAGCCACCAGGUGCUGUAGGAUGCCAACACCGCUGUGUCCCCAAGGGUGGGUGAUAGUGGUGUGUGAGAAAUCUGGGGAAAAAAGGGGUUUUGCGUAGGUCUGCCUGUGAUGUUUCUCUGUUGGAGGAUGCCUUUGGGUCAUCCCAUGUCCUCCAUGUCACCCUGUGGGGUGGCUGCUUACAUGGCUCCUCUUCAUCCCACAUCUCCUUGGUGGGAUGAUGACAAAAUCAUCAACCGAUGGGGAAACUGAGGCAUGGCCCAACAACUGAUGGGGAAACUGAGAGAGAAGAGCUCUCCCAGUCUCUGAUUGGCCCAGGAUAAGGCACCUCCCUCCUGGGAACAGAUGGGCACCGGGAUGAGGACAUGUGGGAUGUUUGGGGGCAACAGGGGGUGUUUCACCCCCACUAUAAAUAUCUGUAUUUUCUUCUUUUAUCCAGCGUGUACAUACAGUGUGGGGAGGGCUCUGUGCCAGCACAGUAUUAGGGCACAACGUGACCCCAAAAUGUCCAGAGAUGUCCCCAAAACAGGAGAGCGAGGAAACGCCCAAUACGGGCAUUGUGGGGACAGGGGUGUCCCAAAGCUCACCCAGGAAGAUAGAGACAGAUCCCCAGAGUUAAGUCCCAGUGUUUGGGGCAUUUCCUAAACAAACAAAAUUCCAAUGGAGGAUUUCAUUGGAGCAUAAAAGAGAACCAGUGCAGAAAAUGGGGAUGUCCCCAACAUGUUCCCUUUGGUCCCAGUGCCAGGGUGGGGCCCGAUCCUGCUGGGGGAACCCAUGAAACCCACAGAGGUGGUGCCUGCUGUCUCCCUCCCCUGGUGAGAACAGAGACUGGGGACAUCUCGGGGUGUCCCCCAGGUCGGGGUGCCCUCGUGGGGGAGUGGAUCUGUGUAUUCUUUGUAUGAAAAUAAAUCUAUUUAGCCAAUAUUUAUACCCUA